AUGUUAGUGACCAUUGCAAGACUCAAGGGCACCAAGGAUGAAUCGGAGGUCGGCACUGCGGCAGACUCGGACCACACGAACCACCCCCCGCCUGCCAAGCUGCUGCAGGACUGGGCCCGAACCCCGCUGCCUCACGUCUGCCCGUACUGCGGAAAGACCUUCACCCGGAGAGUCUUCCUGCGUACACACGUCUACAGCCACACCGGAGAAAAGCUUUUCACGUGCAAGGUUUGCACAAAGUCCUUCACUAACUCCCAGAGCCUGUUGCGCCACAGCAUGAGCCACACGGGCAACAAACCCUACAGCUGCGACGUUUGUGGCAAAAACUUCUCUCAGGCAGCCACCCUGAAGAGACACCAACGCAUUCACACAUCCACCCUGCCUCGACGCAAGAGGGGACGCAAACCGGCGUGUACUCUGGACAAUGAAGGAGCCGCUCAUCUGUUCCCGUGUCCUAACUGCCCGUCACGCUUCAACACGGAGGAUCAGCUUAACCAUCACAAAUUGCUCCACACCAGCCAUCCGUUUCCUUGUGAAGAAUGUGGAGAGGCCUUCAAACGCAGGAGAGACCUGGACCUGCACUCGCUCUCGCACCAAGCAGAGCCCAUUAUGGCAUUUUGCCAAUCCAGACGGGAAGGAAGUGGGGUUAGCGAGAGGGGGACAAACUGUGACAUUGUGUUACGUAUCAGUCAGACGAUGAAGACGCCAACCUUUUCUCUUUUCAUUAAUUGCCCGGCUCUCUGUCCAUUCUCCAUCUCCUUAUUUCACAUUUUUCUCUCUUCUUUUUUCUCUCUCCUCCUUCAGGUUGAGUGUGACCUAUGUGGCCACCGCUGCAUGACUCAGGAAGGCCUCGACCUCCAUCGGUUAUCCCACACGGGCCAGACGCCUCUCAGAUGCCCGGUGAGGCCUUGCCGCCGCAGAUUCACCUCCGACAGCACCCUGGAGGAGCACGUGCUGGCGCAUUUCCAGGGAACGCUCGGCAAGUCCAAAAGCCGACCCCGCUACCGCUGUCAGAUUUGUCUCAAGGAUUUUGCAUACAAUUCCACCUUCAAUGUUCACAUGAGGACACAUACUGAUGAGAGGCCCUUUGAGUGCGCCACAUGUGGGAAGCGUUUCCGGCAGCUGCCCCACCUCCAGGACCACGAGCGCAUCCACAGCGGCCUGCGACCUUUCUGCUGCUGGAUUUGUGGAAAGAGCUUCAGCGUGGCGGCGCGGCUCACAGAGCACGCCCGCACCCACAGCGGGGAGAAGCCCUACCCCUGUCCCCACUGCCCCGCCGCUUUCCGCUCGCGCUCCAACCUGGAUAAACACAUCCGGCUGCACGGAGACCUGCCUUUGGAGAGCGCUGAGGAGGCGGCACAAGCAGCUGAGGCCGCCCACGUCCAGAAGGUCCUGGAAGGGGCCAAGGUGCUGUCCUCGCUGGCCUCCACGGGGGACCUCGAUUCUGGCUCAGUGCAGACCAUCUACGUGCUGCAGGGCGACGGAGGCACAGAGACCGUCAUGAUCCCCUCCGAUCAGUUCGGCAACAUAGACGGCAGCUCGCAAGUGGUCAUCCUGCCCUCCUCUGUGCUGGGAGGGCAGGGCAUCAACGUUCCCACCAUCACCAUGGACGGAAACGAAAUCACCAUGGUGGAGACGAGCCAGUCGGAGCAGCACGCCAUCGAGUUCAUCGUGGAGGAAACGGUGUAAUCGAGACAUUAAAUACUAUUUUCAGUAGAGAAAAGGCUGAAAGAUUAAUCGACUGUCGAGUUAAAAGUUUGAGUUAUUACCAUAAAUGUAUAGUUUGAUUGUUUGACUGUGUAGCAAAACUAUUUUACAGCUUGAGAGGAACAUCUAAUAACAUUGUUCAAACAGUGUAAAAUAAAUGAAUCAAAAGUCAUACACAGAUGAAACCUUAAGUACCUUAAGUUAAUAUUUCAAACUGAUUGGAAAACAGGUCAUAAAAUUGGCCCCUCGAUUAUAAACGGACAUCGGAGACCCCUUUUUUAUUAGGGGAAGACAAGUGGUGUUAGCCCCUGAAAUGUCUAUUGCUUUCUUUAUAAUAAAACGCUUCCACUUUCA